GAGCAGUAACUGUUUUUCGUUUGUGGACAACUUGGAAUUUAUUCGAAACGAAGUUCAACAUCACGUAAUUCAUUAAAGUGUACUGAAUUAAGUACAUCUAAGCUCUUACUUGUUAUGGUGUUUGAGUUAAGAAAGUUUCUCUUGAUUUUUUUUCUGAUUUUAACUUGUUAGAACUGUAAAUUUCUAAUGCUUUUAGAGCUUAACGAUCUUUUCAAAGCAGAGCCGGCUUUGUCGCGUCAGAAAAAAAAGUAAUUCGCUGUGAAAACUGGAAUAACUAAACAGAUUUUAUUAUUUUUGGACUUACUUUUUGAAAUAAUUGCGUUUGGCGUACGAUGAACGGAUUUGACCAGAUACCGUUCCAGAUUUUCUAAGAAUUCGGCUGCGAUGGUUUGCAACGCGUUUCAGCACAGUCGGAAAGUGCAACAACUUUGGACUCGAAAUAGAGGUGUCAUUCCGGAAUUCACUUGUCUACACUCGGUUUCGGUGGAUCCCGCGACAAAUAUAGAGUGAAUGCAACAGCAGCAGAAGUCGGUGUCUCAUUCUAGCCAUCAAUCGCGGAACUAGAUCCGACACGAGGAGGCUGCUGCAGGGACUGCAGGGAAAAACUGGAAAAAGGGGCAUCUUCUGCCCAGAGAUAUAAUCCAUCCGAGGGACAGAGUACGCAUACGCACAAGAUCGAAGCGAUAUGGAGGUGGACUACGAUAAAAUCUAUCUGAACAAGUUGCCGAUUACGGCGGCAACUGGGGACAGUGCCUGGAAUCACUACGCCCUGGUCGAGAGCAGCUGGGGCGAGCGGAAGAUUCUGCUGAAGAUUAUCGUGUUCAGUCCGAUCUACAACACUCCGUUGAGCUUUCUCAGUGAGAUCGACCAUGAAGUUCUGCAGCAGACGGCGAUACGGCUCGAGCGAACUCGGGAGGAGUUCCUGGCCGAAACGCGGAUUGCGCUGUGCACGGACGGAGGCGCCCCCGGGUUCAGCUACUCAGUCGAAGACAACAACUUUGUCUGGCGUAAGAUGGGCGGCCCACUGACGGUCACGUUCGGAUCGGUGAUCCUACUGCGAUCGCCGUGCCUACUGUCGGACGUCCUGCAGAACUCCAUCAACGUCCAGAGCCAUCUUCGAAGCGUUGUUCAGCAGCGCAAUCAAAUCUUGCUCGAGCUAAAAGAGGAGCACGAAGAACUGCUGGAAUUCCAGCGCCAGCAGGAGGAGGACAACCGCUUGUACGAGAUUGAACUCAUCACCAAGUGCAUCAGCAUCCUGAACGAAAAGAAAGAGGUCAUCAACAUGAUGAAGAAGCAACUAGCGGAUGACGAGGGCGAUGACCAAGACGACAGUAUCAUCGCCGGUCCGGCACCGACCGCAGCAGCUCCGACCUCCGCGGGUCAGGACGGAUCGGACUCCGUUGGUCGUAUCGAGUUUAGCGAUUCGGACGCUUUCGACAGCCCACUGCACGACCAGGACCAGGAGCUGGAGCAUCAGCUGCCCAAGCGGACCAAACUGCAGCAGUUGAUGGCGGCCACGACGACAACGACUCCGAGAAGUUCGGCGACGACGACUAGAAACGAGACAGGAGGCGAAUCUGCCGCCGACGUUUACAACAAGGACACCGAGGAGCUGCUGCAGAACAUGUAAACCGGAUGAACCGACCUUUACUCGUGCAAUUUAACGUACUUUUCGUAACUUAUCGCUAGUUCUGUAAGUUAGUGCAAGCUAUUUAUUUACACUUCUUCUGUAAACGGUACCUUAAUUAUUUUCCCUUUCAAAACGAGCAUUUAUCAAGAAGAACCCAUUAAAUUUUCAUGCGCGGACGGACGGACGGAAGUUUUGAGCAGAGUGAGAGUGUGUGUUGAGCGCCGUCGUCUCCAUUCAACUGUAACAUGUGUCAUAUUAAUAUCAACUGCGCGCACGCUACGCGUGCUUUAGUGAGUAAGAGAGGCAUUUUUUGUAAGUGUUUUUGGAUUUGAGAAUAAAAGUAACAUUUGAAAGGUAAAAUUAAGUACACUCCCUUUCCCGUGGUCCGAAACAGCUAUCAAGGUCAAAUUAAGAGAACCGCGACACGAGUCCAUUUUUGCCUCUUUAGGUCCAAUACUCAACCCCCGGUGGUUGGUCAACUUUGACCAGUAGGUCCAAAAUAGGGACAUCUACCCAAGUUUCAAGUAAUUUGACUGGCUCAGACCAGCUUCAACGUUUAUUGAAUUAUUCUGUAGCAUAGUGAGCGUUUGGUACGGUAUGUCCACGCAUCCUUCCAUCCCUGCAGAUUCUGUGAAAUGUGAUCCGUUCACAGAAUCCUCUCUGCGGUAAACACAACGCAGUAGGGCUGGCCGCUUAAAUUUUUGUAUUACAUUUU